AUGAAGGUCGAAACCAGUGCUGCUUUAUUCGCUCUCUUGAGCGUGGCAUCUGCCCGCCCUGAUGCCGUGAGGAUAUUCAGGAAGGCCCAGUCUCCUACCGGCGCAUCUGCCAAGUUCAGGCGCGAGGUUCCUCAGGAGCAUUCCCACGAGAAGUUCCUUACGGGCGUCGGCCAGGCCUUGAACUUGAACAACGUUGACCAGGUCCAAGACCCCGUGUUCGCUCUCCUUGGAAACAAGGCCGCUGCUGAGGGUGCUGGUCUGGUUCAGGACUUGGACUGCCUCCAACAGCGAGUUGCCGACCAGGCUUUCACCAACGCCAAGGCUGCCAACGAUGUUGAGGGCAUGACCAACGCGUUGAUCUACCGUGCUCUUGAAAGGAACACUGGCUCGGUCGGUCUAGCCUCUGUUCUGUGCACGGAAACCGCGAAGAACCCCGAGAUUGCUGCUAUCCAGCAACAUCAGGACCCCGCCUCUUCAGGCGCUGCUGCUCUAAACAAGCAGAUCACCCUUGACCUAGCUGUCCAGCUUGCCUCUGUCGGCGCCGAUCCCCAACUCGCCCUUCAAUCGGGAACCUUUGCUCCCGGCGAAAUUGGAGAUCAGACCGGUGCUGGUAACACUUGCGACGUCGCCGACGACGCCGAGGGUUGCAUCUUCACCCAGAACCUCCUUGUCGAAGAUGCCACCGCAGCUGAAAUCGAUGCUGCCGUCGCCGCGGCUGGUGGCAAGGCCAGCGCCGGCAACAACAAUGCUGCUGCUGGCAAUGCUACCGGCAAUGCCGCUGCUGAUGAUGCCGCUGAUGAUGGAUGCGAGGCUGACGAUGCCGCCGCCGAUGAUGCCGCCGACGAUAAGGCUUCGAACAACAGUGCCAGCAGCAGCGGAGCCACUGCCACCGCCACAACCGGUAACAACGUCAACGCCUUCACCGGCAGCGUCGGCUCCGCGCCCGUCCCCGUAAUCAGCUCCACGGCCGACAAGCCCUUCUCCGUCAACGGCGCCGAGUUCCUAAACCUAGGCGCUGCGAUCCAGCGGGCCUGCGACGUGCAAAAGAACGCGUGCGCCAACGCGGCCAACGGCGGCGACGCGACCGUCAGCGUAGCCGACUGCGAGGCGCAGCAGCAGCAGUGCGUGGCCCAGAACGGCAAGAAGCGCCGCCAGGCCGCUGACACCGGAUCCUGCGGAUCUGCCGCCAUCUCCUUCGGCAAGCAGAGCGACCGCCCCAACGAGGAUGCCUUCGCCCCGGUCAACACCGCCGACUUCAACCACGGCUCCGCGCUCAAGCCCGCCGUCAUCACCGGCUUUAUCUGCAGCCAGCUCCAGAGCAAGUGCGACGCCUCGGCUGCUACCGUUGCGCAGUGCAAGGAGGGCGCGCAAGCGGCCGACUCGUUAAGCGGACAGGCUGCUGCCGAUGCGUUUAAUGCUGCGUUGGGCGCGUAA